AUGCUGACAGGAAAGGCAACUGCCCUCAUUGGGGCAGGGACGCAGGGCCGACGGCUGGCAUACAUGUGGUCAAGUCAGGGCCGAGCUGUUCAUCUCAUUGACGCCCAGGCGAAGCAGCUUUCUGAUAGUGUCAAAUAUAUAGACCAACUUCGGUCUGCAUCUCAACGACAGAACGCACGAUGGGGCGAAAUCAAGACAUUUACCUCGGAAUCAUUACCCGCAGGGCUGAAAGAUACAUGGUUGAUCGUUGAGUGCGUCCCAGAGAGGCUUGAGCUCAAGCGACAAAUGAUCAAACAGGUGGACGAGCUGGCGGACUCCGACACCAUCAUUGCCUCCAACUCCAGCAGUUAUAGCAUAUCCGAGAUCAUUGACGGCUUGAAAUUAUCCCACGAGCAGCGGAUUCUCAGCGCUCAUUGUUACUGGCCUCCAGAGACUUCUGCCAUCGAACUUAUGGGUCAUGCGAAUACUGAUCCUGCAAUUAUCCCACUUCUGAUGGAGCAAUGUCGAGAGCAUGGAUUUAGCCCUUUCCAUGUGAAGAAAGAUUCCAUGGGAUACAUAUACAACAGGAUAUGGGCUGCAAUCAAACGGGAAGCCUUGCUCACAGCAGCAGAGGGUGUGGCUACUCCAUCCGAGAUCGACGCCAUUUUCAAGGACGUUUUGAAGACGCCGAAAGGUCCCUUCGAGCAGAUGGACGUCGUUGGCCUCGACGUCGUGCUCAACAUCGAGGAGCAUUAUGCAGAAAAGAGGAAAGAUGUCCCUCCUGAGCCUCGCCAAUAUCUGCAGCGAUUCAUUCAAGAUGGUCUCCUCGGUGUGAAGAGCGGUAAGGGAUUUUACGAGUAUCAGAAACCAUGA